GCGGUGGGGCUGGCGCGGGGCAGGGAACGCCUCGCAGCCUGGAGCGAGCCGCCCGGCACAGCCCUGCGCAGCGACGUCGCCCGGAGCCAGCGGGCAGCGAGCGGAUGCGCCUUCCCCUCGUGCAGCAGGCAAAGCACGAGCGCUGCGGGUCGGUGAUCUCGCCUGGACACGGAAGAAACGUUGCACGUUUGUAGCACGAACGAGCUGCCUCCAUCUUCCCGCGCGGGCUCGAGCGGUGCCCGGCCGUCCCUCCCGCCACGGCUGCAGAAACGGAGCCCGGGAGUGCGGCAGCGGCGCGGCAGAGCAUCAGCCCGGUCCCCGGCGUGGGCCGACCCGAGCUGCCUCUUGUUGCAGGUCCCGCCGGUGCAGACACCGUUGGACCUUUCCCCCCGAGCAGCGGCAGCGUGGGAGUGACGCCGGGCCACGAUGAGGGAGAACUACGACGCUCUGCUCGCCCUGGGCUCCCCCGUGGCCAAGCCGGAGCCCGUCCCGCACGCGGAGCCGGCGGAGGAGGCGUGUGCCCGGGCGCAGGGACACGGCGCGGAGACGGAGGCGCCGGGCUGCGCGGGCGCAGCGAGGCUGGUGGUCCCCAAGUCGGAGGCGAUGCCCGAGGGUGACGGCGAGGAGCAGCCGCGCGGCGAGGACCGGGGCGCAGCCGCGGAGCAGGCAGGCGCGGAGCCAGAGGCCUGGCUGGUGCGCGUGGUGAAGGUGGAGGAGGAGGAGGAGGAGGAGGAGUGGCCAUCCAGUCCGGGCGCCGCAACCCCGCACGGGGCCGCCUGCAAGCCGGAGCCGCCGAGCGCGGAGGAGCCGGGCCGCGGCGUGGCCUGGCCGCCGCCGAGCCGGGAGCGCCCCUUCGCCUGCGCCCAGUGCGGCAGGGGCUUCGGCAAGAAGGCGCACCUGACGCGGCACCUGCGGGUGCACACGGGCGAGCGGCCCUUCCCCUGCGCCCAGUGCGGCCGCCGCUUCCGCCAGCGGAUCCACCUGCGCUCGCACCUGCAGACGCACACGGGCGAGCGGCCCUUCCCCUGCGCCCAGUGCGGCCGCCGCUUCCGCAAGAAGACCCACCUGGCGCGGCACCAGCGCACGCACACGGGCGAGCGGCCCUUCGCCUGCGCCCGCUGCGCCCGCGCCUUCGCCCACAAGCAGCACCUGCUGCGGCACCUGCGGCUGCACGGCGAGGCGGCCCCGGCCCCGGCCCCGGCCCCGGCACCGGCACCGCCGCCCCCCGAGCCGAAGCCCUUCGCCUGCCCCGAGUGCGGCAAGAGCUUCAGCUGGAAGAAGAACCUGGCGUCGCACCGGCGGCUGCACGGGGAGGGGCGGCCCUUCGCCUGCGCCGAGUGCGGCCGCGGCUUCGGCGACAAGCGCCGCCUCACCGCCCACCUCCGCGGGCACGUGGGCCUCCAGCCCUACGCCUGCGCCCGCUGCGAGGCGGCCUUCAGCCGGCAGCCCCAGCUGGCCGCGCACCUGCGGGCGCACGCCGGCGAGCGCCCCUUCGCCUGCGCCCAGCGCGGCCGCCGCUUCGGCGCCCGGCCCAACCCGCCGGCGCCCGCCCGGGCCCACGCCGGCGCCCGCCCCUUCGCCUGCGAGCGCUGCGGCCGCCGCUUCGGGCGCAAGGCGCACCUGGCGCGGCACCAGGCCGUGCACACCGGCACCCGGCCCCACGCCUGCGCCCAGUGCGGCCGCCGCUUCAGCGCCAAGACCAACCUGGCGCGGCACCAGGCCGUGCACACCGGCCACCGGCCCUACGUCUGCACCCAGUGCGCCAAGCGCUUCAGCAGGAAGACGCACCUCCUGCGCCACGAGCGCACCCACGCCGCCGCCGCCGUGCCGGUGCCGGUGCCGGUGCCGCCGCCGGGCUGGGCGCCCCGCGAUGCCGCGGCCGCCGCCUGCAGCUGAGCCGCAUCCCGGGUGCCCGCGCAGCCCCGGCUUCUCCGAGCAUCGCCACCGGCACCGGGGUGGAGGCAUGCUCCGGCUGGAGACGGGUGCUGCCGGCAGCCCGGAGCUGCUCCGGCCGGCUGCAGUUCCCGGCGCUGGGCUCGCUCCUGCUCGUCUUCAGGGCUGUCGUGGCUCCUUGCAGCCUCAACAGCCUCCUGCCAGGCAGCGGGAUCUGGCCUGCAUCCCUGCUCCCCGCAGAGGCACCACGGGCAGCGUGUAACACGGCGAGGGGCGCAGAGGGUCCGUGGAAAAGCUCCGGUCCCGAGCCGGUCCUGGAGGCCUCUGAGCAAGGACUGAUCCCAGCAUGUCAAAUCCCUGCAGCUGGCUCGGCCUCGGAGACCGGUUCCCGCGCGCCGGGGUUGCAGCGAGGGGGCUGCACCCCGCGAGCAUCCCCCGAGCCCAGGCGGCACCGGGAUGCAGGCGGCAGCGCUCACGGCCAUGGGCUUCGCGGAGGUGCCCAUACCCAGUGCCAGCCCCACUGCCCGUGACGCUGGCCGGGCUGCCACGGCCCCGGUGCGGGUGAUGCCCCGUGCAGCAUCGCCCCAGGGCAGCUCCCAGCGGGCUGGGGCACGCGGCAGGGCCCAAAACGGUGCUGGGGCCCCUGCGUCCGGCCGGCUCCACUGUGGCAGAAACACGUAGUAAAAAGAAAUGCGAAUAGCAUCUUC